AUGACAGAAAGCGGUCCAGUGUGCCUUGGAAAUAAUGACUCCAAGCCGCUGGCCAGUCUAGCCAGACCGCAGCAGAGGUUCCCCGGGAGGGGGGAGGGCCGCGCGCGCGCAUGCGCCGCGUUUGCCACCGCCGCCGGCCGGAAGAGUGGAGUCGCGGAGCCGCUGCUGCCCGCGCCAGACGCCGCGGUGGCCGUGAGGAGAGCGCGGGCCCGGCGAUGCGGCCCCCAGAACGACACCGGGGCCGCCGAGCAGCCGCAGUACGGGCUGCAGCCGAUGGACGACCGGCCCCCGGGCUCCAGCGAGGAGCGGCGGGCGGACGCCGAGAUAGCGGAGACGCCCGGCUCCGGCAGGUGCUGGCAGUGCAGUUCCUGGCCGUGCAGCUCGCGCGCGCAGCAGGAGGCGGAGAAGAAAGCACCCUGUCCUGGACUUGGCAUGUUUUACAUGUUAUUGUCUGCCUUCCUUUUCUCAGUGGCGGCUUUAUUUGUUAAAAAAGUACAAGACAUCCACGCUGUAGAAAUUAGUGCAUUCCGAUGUGUGUUCCAAAUGCUAAUCAUUAUCCCUUGCUUAAUAUACAGAAAAACUGGGUUCAUAGGCCCCAAAGAUCAGCGAAUCUUCCUCAUUCUCAGGGGAGUCCUUGGUUCUGUCUCCAUGAUCCUUAUAUACUAUGCCUACCAGUCGACGUCCCUCGCUGAUGCCACGGUGAUCACAUUUAGCUGUCCAGUAUUUACAUCUAUAUUUGCUUGCAUAUUUCUCAAGGAAAGAUAUAGCCUUUGGGAUGCUGUUUUCACCGUGUUCACACUGACCGGCGUGAUCCUUAUUGUGAGGCCACCAUUUCUCUUUGGCUCCAGUGUCGAGGAGACGGAUAGAGACUAUUCAGUUCACCUGAAGGGCACUUUUGCAGCACUUGCACAUACCGUGUUUGCUGCAGUGACUCUAGUUGUCUUAAGAAAAAUGGGGAAAUCUGUGGACUACAUUUUGAGCAUUUGGUAUUAUGUAGUCGUUGGCCUCACGGAGUGCGUCACUGUUCUUUUUAUACUAGGAGAAUGGAGUUUGCCACGCUGUGGAUUGGACAGGCUAUUUCUUGUAUUAAUUGGGAUAUUUGGUUUGGGGGGUCAGGUGUUUCUCACAAAAGCCAUUCAAAUAGAAAAAGCAGGGCUCGUAGCAUUAAUGAAGACUCUGGAAGUGGUCUUUGCUUUCAUCUUCCAGAUAACUUUCUUUAAUAAAGUGCCAUCAUGGUGGACAGUGGGUGGCUCCCUCUGCGUAAUAGCUAGUAGCACUGGAGCGGCCAUUCGUAAAUGGUACCAGAGUUCCCAUUGAAGCAUCAUUGCUGAAAUGUGUAUUUUUUUAAAGUACACCAUCACCCAGUUCAGACACAC